GGCCGAUGAGUACGACAUCGACGACGAGGACGAAGUGCGCAUCGACCGACCAGAUGACACUCAUUUGACGCUUGUGCAAUAUCUCGGCCACCCCAAAGUUCACCGCUACACGUUCCUGGCUUUGCUCGCCACAACGAUCGCUAUUGCCAACGUGGACAGUCUCCGUGCAGCAUGGCGAACCUUCUGCCAUGGCUUCGGCUACCUUUCUACCUGAGCGCUGCUGCUGUCAGUCUGGGCGGCGGUGCUUUGUACUACUUUCAAAACGAAAUAAUAUACCCUCGAAACUUGCCUCCUGGAACCAGAACAGAAGUACCUAAGCCGCCUCAGUUCGGUAUUGAAGACUACGAAGAGCUGUCGAUACCCACGCCAGAUGGCGAAACUUUGCAUGCCUUCCUUGUGCGGCCAGCGAACAAGGCCCAGGCAAGACCAAUCACGAUCCUCAGCUUCCACGGCAAUGCAGGAAACAUUGGCCAUCGACUACCGAUUGCCAAGGUAUUGGCGCAUGAUUUGGGAUGUACGACAGUAAUGCUGGAAUACCGUGGAUACGGUCUAUCCACUGGCAACCCGAACGAGAAAGGCCUGGUCAUUGAUGCUGCGACGGGUCUGGACUACAUCCGCAACCGUGAAGAUCUCAAAGGAAACAGCAUCAUCGUCUAUGGUCAAAGUCUAGGCGGCGCCGUAAGCAUCGAUCUCGUCACCAAAAACAAGGGCACUGGCGAUAUUAAGGGCCUCAUCUUGGAGAAUACCUUCCUGAGCAUAGCAAAGAUGAUUCCCAAGGCUGUGCCUAUUGCUAAGUAUUUGACACCGCUCUGUCACGAGUACUGGAGAAGCGAAGAGAUGAUUCCACAAAUCACAGAUGUCCCAAUACUGUUUCUGAGCGGUUUAAGGGACGAGAUCGUGCCGCCAGAGCAUAUGAAGGAGCUUUUCAAGCUAGCUCGGACUCCGCGAGUGAUGUGGAAGGAGCUGCCGUACGGCGACCACAAUGCGACUGUGGCUGAGCCUGGCUACUUUCAGAACAUUGAAGAGUUUAUCAGGAAAUACGUGUCGUCGUCUUGAUUGGGCACGGCGCUGUAUUGAGCGUGGUGUUCAAUGCCCAGAAUAGCACUCCACCAGCUUACACGAACAUCUCGGGAACCGGAGACCGCAUUGCAGUCAUAAACAACGCCGACGCAUCUUCGAGAUUGUCUUGCUCUCUAUGUUCAAAGAAGUCCUAUCACGCCUGCCGCCCACGUAUCGGCCCAGCCAGAUUCUCGCACUGGCCGACAAUGCUAGGGCUUCUUUCAGGGGAGCAAUACGCUUUGUUUAGGAGUCUUUGAUUUGUUGUACCCCAUCCUUUGGUCUAAACCUCGGCAUGCGGCACAAUGCAUUGUUUCGACCUACUUAUGGCUGCAACGCUCUCAGGAAAUAUGCUUUCUGCCUCUCAAGCUUUCCAGCUUGCAUCUUCGAGAUCAUAUCAUCUCCAGCAUCAGCACUCUCAAUUCGCUGGUCGAAUUGCACAUCUAUCACUCAAGUCCAAGCUCAGAAACGACAGAGAAGAUCUCAGCGCGAACUAAGCACAAUCAUGUUCGGCAUUAGAAAAUCUUCUCCGGAACCUGUGUGGACGCCAUCGGGAGCCUCCUCGGGCAAAGAGGCUCUUCCACCGGCGGUGGUAGAUGUGGUGCUGCGUUGUUGGGACGAUCAUCAGGAAAGCUGGAAGAAAUCUAGUGAUGCAUUGACGGACUGGUUGAACGAACGUUGGGCCAAGACUGGGGUACAAGUCUCCAGAGAAACGGUAUGUUUUACUUUGCGUGCUGCGGGGAGGGAUGCGAGAAUGGGUAUUCCUGACUGCAAAGGCGGGCGUUUCUUGCGCGAAAGCAUUGAAUGGGUAUAUUAGAUCAUAUGAGCGAUUUCGCCAGCACAUAUUUUAGUGCGCCCUCAAAGGGUUACAAGGGCAUUGGUAAGAAACACGAC